AUGGCUGACGCUACAGAUGGUGUCAAGGUCCAGCUGACCGAGCUUCUUCGGCAUCCUGAAGAUCUAGACAAGAUCCCCUUCCUCAAGUCGGAGUUUGCGAGGAAGAAAGCCGUAAUUGAUGGCCAGCUCAAAGUUGAGCUCAAAGAGCAACUGGAGGUGACCCAGUCUGGAAUGAAUGCCAUUACUGAUGGGCAGCGAGUUGUCAAUCAGAUCAAGGAAGAGCUCAUGAAAAUCGACAAGCUGUGUGCCGAGUCACAAAACAUGAUUAGAGACUUUCCGAACAUCAAUGCUGUCUCCCAAGUCCAUAGAAAUUUUAGCCAGGUCGAGAUUAUGAAGGCAAACAUCGAAUCAUUUGACAGCCGCUUGGACGAUUUGUCAACACUUCUGCAUGAAGACGCGGAGGAUCUGGAGGUCCAGUCGAAUCUUCUGAAUAUACACUACGGAUUAACACAACUGAGAGACAUUAGAGACGAUGCAAUGGAUCAAAUCAAGCGUGCCUCGGACGAAUCGUUAGAAAAUACGUUGCGUAUUCAUUUUGAGCGUCUAGACGACAUUGUUGGCAUAUUCGAUGAACAUCUUGGACAAACGUGCAUGAAUCUCAUACCAUUGGUGCAAGGUGGAAAGACGAGUCUGGUGGUUAGACUGGCAGUCAUCAUUGAUGAGGAGGAGAAGGCAGAUAAGAAAGUCAAGACACUUCAAGACGCGCAAAGAGACUACAAGGACCUUGCGUCGCGCUUCAAAUCCAUGAAUAAUAGUGCCAGACAAGUCCGAGGAUACAAGGAGAAGUUUCUACAGGCCAUAGAACUUUUUGCCCAAAAUCAAUUUGAGGUGAUUGAAAACGAUUUUCUUGAAGAACCGGACAAGCUUUCCAAAUCCAUGAAAUGGUACUUCAACGAUCUUCUCGCUGUUCAGAAGGGCAUGGUAGAACUCAUGCCCAAGAAAUGGAAGAUCUUCAAAACCUACACCAACAUCUACCAUAACCUCAUGCACGACUGGCUCAUCAAGCGUAUCGACGAUCCUGAACUCAGCCCGCCGCAUAUGCUCAGCAUCAUCGACUGGGUAGAAAGGUACUAUGCUAAGAUGUCCAAACUGGGAUGCGCAGCUCCAGACCUCUCCCCUCAACUUCUCGACAACCGGGAAACAGAGCUCAUCCGCGAGUACCGCCAACUCAUCGUCAGAUCUGUUGAUGAAUGGAUGGACCGCAUGUUUGCUGCCGACAAGAAAUCCUUCCUCGAACGCCUCCCAGACUCGCUCGAUACCAACGAACACGGCUACUUCCGCACCAAGACACUUGGAGACAUGUGGCGUAUGUUGCGCGAGCAAUUGCUUGUCGCCGGCGAGUCUGGACGGACCGACGUAGCAGAGGGAGUUGUGGACUCUAUGUUUGCAGCCCUCAAAUCGCGACAAGCAAGCUGGCAGAAAAUGGUUGAUGAGGACGUGGCCCGGUAUCAAUCUCCUGCGUCCGAGCAGGAAGGGUUGCAUGUAUUGCAAGACUGGCUGCUAGCAAUAGCGAAUGACCAGAUCGCCUGCAUCGAUGAUAACGAGGAUAACGGACAGAUCAGCUAUCUGACUCGCUUCCAGCGCGAUCUGGACAUGAUAGUGAGCCCGCAAUACGUGAACGCGCGUUCGCACACAGAGACUGAGGACCUCAAGGAUGGGUUUGUAGAUCUAAGUACGCAUUGUAUCGCCACCUUUGUAAGCUUGAUUUUCACGGUCGAUUUCCGAACUGUGCUGCCCGAGUUCUUCACGCAGAAAUGGUACUCGGAAUUUGGGAUGAAGAGGAUAGUAACGACAUUCGAGGAUUAUCUGGGCGAUUAUCAAUCCGUGCUGCAUUCUUCACUUCUUGACGUCUUCAUCGAGGAAUUGGCCGAGGAGCUAAUCGUUCGCUAUUUACUUUGCGUGAGGAACAAAUCCGUCAAAUUCAAGCGUGGCGAUCCGUUCACGGAGAAAUUCAAAGACGAUGUCCUCACUGCUUUUGACUGGUUUAGCAAGUUCCCUAAUUUUGCGGAAAUCAAAACGAAGUGGAAAGUUGUGGAUUACUUGGUCAGGCUGCUGGAAGCUGACAAGGCGGAUGUGGUGGAGCUGUAUGCAGAAUUCAAGCGGGAGAAAUGGGAUUUGCAGAUGACGUGGGUGGAGAGCGUUUUAAGGACCAGGGAUGAUUAUGACAGGGGUCUGAUGAGUGCUGUUAAGCAGAAGGCAGGUGAAGUCUAUGUGGAGAGGGGUGGAGAGACUGUUAUGGGAAAGAUCAAGUGA